AUGGCGCCUUCGCUUUUCUCCACGCUCUCUUCCGCCCUCCUCCUCACGUCUUCCGUCACUGCCCAACAGACCUACCAGUUGGCAGACAGCUACGACUCGACCAACUUUCUUGAGAAGUUUGGCUUCUUUACGAGUGACCACUCGACCGGAAACUACAACGAUGUUGACCCCACUGGUGGAUAUGUUAGCUACAAGUCGGCAGAGGAGGCUCAGAGCUUGGGUCUCGUGAAGACCGUCGAUGGUGACCUUUACCUCGGUGUCGACUCUACAACUAAGCUCGAUGCCGCUGGUAUCGGCAGAAGCAGUGUAAGAAUCGAGAGUACGGCCAAGUAUGGCCAGGGUCUUUUCGUCAUCAACUUUUCUCACCUUCCCAAACCCGUCUGCGGUGCAUGGCCUGCGGUCUGGACCGUCGGCAACCCCUGGCCCGCCGCCGGCGAAAUCGACAUCGUCGAGACCUGGAACGAGGACAACGUGAACAAGGUCGUCCUUCACACCGACGGCACCCUCGCUGAGUGCCGUAUCGACGGCACAAACAUGACCGGCACCAUCAGCAAGCCCAACUGCGCAAACUACGCCGCGGGCCAGUCCGACAACGAGGGCUGCGCCGGCCUCGACGCCGCCGCCCCCUUCGGCUCGGCCGAGGGAGGGGUGUACGCCAUGCAGUGGACCGACACCGCCGUCCGCGUCUGGGGCUUCACCCACGCCAACGUCCCCGCCGACAUUGCGAGCGCCAGCCCGAACCCGGACACCUGGGGCACGCCCAGCUUCACCACCAGCACCUGCGCGGCCGACAAGCUGUUUGAAGAGCAGAAGCUCGUGGCCAACAUUGACUUUUGCGGCGUGGCGGGCAACGACGGCAUCUGGACCCAGACUUGUGCGGCAAAGACUGGUCUCACCUGCAAGGAGUGGGUUGCCGCCAACCCGGCCGCCUUUGCCGACGUCUUCUUCAAGAUCAGCUCGAUCAAGAUCUACAACCUCAAGGACGGUAACGCGACUGCUUCCGUCAUCUCCAGCCAGGUUGCGGCUUCGACUGUCGCCCCUACCUCUAUCGUUCAGACCGCUGUGGUCAGUUCCUCUGUGGUCAGUUCCGCUGUCGUCAGCUCCUCUGUCGUUCAGACUGCUGUCGUCAGUCCCUCUGCGGUCAGUUCCGCUGUGUCCAGCGCCGUGGCCUCCGAGAAGCCCGUUGCGACGAUUCCCGCCGUCGAGAGCCUGCCCACGAGCCUGCCCACGAGCUUGCCCACCCGCCUGGCGACCUCCACCGUCUACGCUACCAACAUCAAGACCAUCACCUCUUGCGCUCCCGAAGUCACCAACUGCCCGGCCCGCGAGACCCCCCAGGUCGUCACCGAGAUCGUCCCCGUCACCACCACCAUCUGCCCCGUCGUCGACGUCCCUACCCAAUUGACCGUAAUCAAGACCGAGGUCCACACCAUCACGUCCUGUGCCCCCGAGAUCACCAACUGUCCCGCCAGAGAGACCACCGUCACCAGCCAGGCCGUCAUACCGACGACCUUGGCCGUUCCCGUAGAGAGCUACACCCCCUCGAAGCCCGCCGGCGGCAAUGCUCCCAUCACCGUCAGCUCCCAGGAGCCCGUCGCCGACAUCACCACCGCCAUCACAACCUACGAGACCCACGUCGUCACAAUUACCUCCUGCGCCCCCGAGGUGACCAACUGCCCCGCCAGAGAGACGACCAUUGUCACUAGCAAGGUCAUCCCCACCACAAUCCCCGGCGUUCCCGCCAUCCCCACCGCCGCCGAGUCCGCGAAGCCCGUCGUCACAGGCCAGGUCCCCGUCGAGCAGAUCACCACCUACCUCACCAACAUCGUCACCAUCACCUCUUGCGCUCCCGAGGUGACAAACUGCCCCGCGAGAACCUCCACCGUCAUCACCAGCGCCGUCAUCCCCAAGCCCACCACCGAGGGAGGACAGCCGCCCGCCGCCCCCGUCACCACCGAGGGCCAGAAGCCUGUCCCCGUUACCACCGACGUACCCACCGUCUUGACCACGUACAAGACCAACGUCGUAACCAUCACCUCCUGCGCCGCAGAGGUGACAAACUGCCCUGCUAGAACGUCCACCAUCGUCACGAGCCAGCUCAUCUCCACCACAGUCCCCAAGCUCGUGACCCCCGUCGCCCCCGGCGCCGAGAACCCCACCCCCGCCGUCUCUGAUGAGCCCGUCCCUGCUACCUCCGGUGCUUCAACGCCACUAGGCGCCGGUGUCCCGACCGUCGGUGUCCCCGCCGCCUCCAACACCGCCUCUGCCGAGAAGCCCGUCUUCGAGACCCCCGCCGCCUCCGGCACCGCCACCGGCCUGCCCCCAAUGCCCACGACCUUGAUUCUCGCACCGUCGUCCCCUUACAAUGGCACCCUGACUACCGCUGAGAUCCCUGUCGGAACCGGGUCUACCUCCCCUUGUGUAGGCGCUGCAUGCCCGGCCACCACCACUGGUCCCGUCCUGGCCGGUGCCGGCAAGCUGACGUCUGGCGGAUUGUUUGUGAUUGCUGCGGCGGCGUUGGCUGCAUUUGUCAUCUAA